UUCCCCAGCUUUUUAUUAUUAUUAUUAUUUAGAAAAAUAAAUGAAACCUGAGAAAUCGGACUGUUAUAUAGGCACGUAAAUAUCUAUUCUCCUCGGUCCGCUCAAAACCUUUAUCACCACCAUCAUCAUCAUUUGUCUCUCUGUGUCGGUUCGCCAUUGAUCAAUCAACAUGGGAACAAUUUUUAAACCUGCUCUGUUCUUUUGCUUGAUCCUGUUGCCUCUGGUCUGUGCUACUGCUUCAUCAUCGAAUGAUGGAUUGGUUAGAAUUGGACUUAAAAAGAGGAAGUUUGACCAAAACAAUCGUGUAGCUGCUCAGUUUGAGUCUAAAGAAGGAGAAGCAUUUCGUGCUUCUAUUAAAAAGUAUCAUAUUCGUGGUAAUUUAGGUGAUGCGGAAGAUAUUGACAUAGUAUCAUUAAAGAAUUACAUGGACGCUCAGUAUUUUGGUGAAAUUGGUAUUGGUACUCCCCCACAGAAGUUCACCGUUAUUUUUGAUACUGGUAGUUCUAACCUGUGGGUCCCCUCUUCCAAGUGCUAUUUCUCGGUGGCCUGCUAUUUCCAUUCUAAGUACAAGUCAGGCCAAUCAAGCACUUACAAGAAGAAUGGAAAAUCGGCAGAUAUCCAUUAUGGAACUGGUGCUAUUUCUGGCUUCUUUAGUCAAGACAAUGUCAAAGUUGGCGAGCUUGUGAUCAAGAAUCAGGAAUUCAUUGAAGCAACUAGGGAGCCCAGCAUUACCUUCUUGGUUGCAAAGUUUGAUGGUAUACUUGGACUUGGAUUUCAAGAGAUAUCAGUUGGAAAUGCUGUACCUGUGUGGUACAACAUGGUCAAUCAGGGUCUUGUUAAAGAACCGGUUUUCUCUUUCUGGUUUAAUCGCAAUGCUGAUGAAGAUGAAGGGGGUGAGAUUGUUUUUGGUGGGAUGGACCCCAACCAUUACAAGGGUGAGCACACAUAUGUCCCUGUGACACAGAAAGGUUAUUGGCAGUUUGACAUGGGAGAUGUUUUGAUUGAUGGUAAAACAACUGGAAUUUGCAGCAGUGGCUGUGCAGCAAUUGCUGAUUCUGGAACUUCUUUGUUGGCUGGCCCUACAACUAUUAUUACUGAAGUAAAUCAUGCCAUUGGAGCCACUGGAGUUGUUAGUCAAGAGUGCAAGGCAGUUGUUGCUCAAUAUGGAGAAACCAUAAUUGCUAUGCUUUUAGCAAAGGACCAACCACAAAAAAUCUGCUCACAAAUUGGUUUGUGCACAUUUGAUGGUUCACGAGGUGUAAGUAUGGGUAUUGAGAGUGUUGUGAAUGAGAAGAUUCAGGAAGUGGCUGGUGGUUUGCACGACGCAAUGUGCUCUACUUGUGAGAUGGCAGUUGUGUGGAUGCAGAACCAGCUCAAGCAGAAUCAAACACAGGAGCACAUACUUAAUUAUGUGAAUGAGCUAUGCGAACGAUUGCCUAGUCCAAUGGGAGAAUCAGCAGUAGAUUGUGGCAGUUUGUCAACCAUGCCUAAUGUUUCAUUUACAAUUGGGGGAAGAGUUUUUGACCUUGCUCCUGAGCAGUAUGUCCUCAAAGUUGGUGAUGGGGAAGCAGCUCAAUGCAUUAGUGGAUUUACAGCAUUGGAUGUGCCACCACCUCGUGGUCCUCUCUGGAUUCUGGGGGAUGUUUUCAUGGGUCCCUUCCAUACAGUUUUUGACUAUGGGAAUAAGAGAGUUGGAUUUGCAGAAGUUGCAUAACUGAAGUAUUUCUACUUUGGUUCUGUUCAAGUGUUACUCUUACUGCUUCUCUGUAUGUGUUCGCAUAAUGGUGUUUUCGGUUUUCACUUUGAGGUGCUGGAAUUCUCCCUUGAUGUAAAUAUAUCUUAAUAGUAUGCUGUGUCACUUCUAAAUAAAUACAGUACAUGGAGUUUGAACGCAGGCUUGUAACUGUUGGACGUUGGAAUUGACCUCAAAUAAAAUGUAUAUUGUAGAUUUUUAGAGAA